AUGAUUUGGAUAUAUGUAGUAGAGUUACUUGGUCUGAUAAAUGUAGUAUGGAGCUCCUUGGAGAUAGGGAUAGAAGAUAUAGAAAGAAGGAUUGGACGGAAGAUGAAUGAUGCAGAAAGAAAAGCAGGGAGAGAAGUAUUCGAAAAUUCUCCUAAGAUACUCAACUAUCGGAAAGUGAUAUUAUAUCCAUUUGCUAUUCAUGAUAAUUCAUUUUUAGUAUUCCCUACAACAAAAUACAGUGAGAUAGAAGAAGGAAAGAGAGAACAUGUAAAGAAAAUCAUUGAGGGAUUACCAAGAUUAACAUUGUGGUGUAUGGGGUUUUUGAACGUUCCCUUUUGUAGAGAAUCGACUAUGAUGUUAUCAGAUGAAGUCCUUCAAAAAAGUGGUCUAUAUAAGCACUUUGAUUCUCUUUCUAAAAAGUAUGAGGAGGACAAGAUGACAUUUGGAGAUCUAGCAAAAAAAAUACUCGAAGGGUGUAAGGGAACACUUGAGGAACUUGGAAAGCUUUUUGUGUCCAAAGCUUCAGAAGAGAUUAGGAAGUUAAAGGACCUACCUAAUCCUGAUUCAGAAGAAAAUAAGAAGAAAAAAGAAGAAUUCAAAGAGAUCAAGAAGCAUGGAGAACUUAUUUGUAACAAGAGGGAAGAGAAACAAAUAUUUGAAGUGCUGAAUAUGGCAUAUGAUAGGUGCUUGAGUCUCUGGGAAAGAGAAGAAUAUAGAGAAAAUUUUAUUAUGAAAAUGCGUCUGAAAAAGUUAUACGUUAAAGAAAUAAAAAUGGAAAUCAAAGAACCAUUAUCUGAUUAUGCAAAUAAUCAGAUUUCAUCAAUUGGUUAUCUGGAUCAUGAUCUUUUGAUAAAGAUCGAUAGAGAACAUGGAGGGGAAGCUGUAGGAGAGUUAAUGAAGGAAACAUUCUUAGAAUAUAAAAGUGAUUAUAAGAAUGAAAUAAAUAGGGCUGUUCUGGAGGUUGAAGAAAGAAAGAGGAGAGAAGAAAAAGAGAAAAGGAAGGAAAAAAGGAAAGAAAAAGAAGAGAAGGAGAGGAAAGAAAAGAAAGCUAACCAAAAUGCAG